GUGCCCGGGGAACUAUAAACACAAAAUAAGCAGAAAUCCUCUUUACCCUCAUUGCUCUGGACCAACCAGGUGACAGCAAAGCAUCGUUCCCACAACAAACUGCCUGUAACAGAAAACAAACCGCAUCAGAUGCGAAGAUCCUCACUGCCACUAGCACGACAAUGUCUGAGAUCUCAUAAAAAAGAAUUAGAAUUCUUCAUGGUAACAUAAGAGUGUUGGAUUCUGGACUUUGGACACAGGUGAUUUCUUACACACUGCACAAUGCUUCAAGGAGUCUCAGAGAUUGCUGCAGUGGUCGUCGGGCUGGUCGGGCUGAUUGGAGCUGCGGCUACAACAGGGCUGCCCAUGUGGAAGGUGACCGCUUUCAUCGGAGAGAACAUCAUAGUGAUGGAAACCCGCUGGGAAGGCCUCUGGAUGAACUGCUACCGGCAGGCAAACAUCAGGAUGCAGUGUAAGGUGUACGACUCACUGCUCUACCUGCCCUCGGAGUUACAGGCGGCUAGGGGUCUGAUGUGCUGUUCUGUGGCCUUGUCUGGACUGGGGCUCCUUGUGUCUCUGGCGGGAAUGCGGUGCAUUUCCUGGAUUCAGGGUAAUGAAUGGGCUAAGACCAUUAUUCUGAUGGUUGCAGGUGUUAUGCAGUUUCUUGCGAGCAUUUGUGUCUUCAUCCCCGUGUCAUGGACAGGCCAUGUCAUCAUUAGAGAUUUUUACAAUCCAUUGCUCAUCGACGCCCAGAGGAGAGAGCUGGGAGAAGCCCUCUACAUCGGUUGGGUGACCGGCGCCAUCCUUUUCGCCUCGGCCAUGUUGUUCCUCUGCCGCCGCUUGCCAUCAGAUAAAGGCUCAUUUGACGUGUACCACCCGGCUAACUUACUCAGUUACAAACCAAGACCAAGCAAGCAAACUAUGAUGGGGUAUAAUCCUAUCUCAACUCUUUCAAGCCUCAAAUCAACUCAGUACAGGCCUCCUGUGCUGAACAAUGGCUCAUUUGGACCACAACAUGCAAUGCCACUUCAAACUGUGCCUCAGAUAAUGACGAAUGAUGGCACGUUCAUCCACCCUGCGGCCGUUGCCUACAACCCGGGUUUGCCAGAAAAUGCCUCGUUGUUGUAUCAAGGUAGCAUGGCUCGUCAUCCCUCCAUGCAGAGUUCCAACCAUGUGGGAAGCAUGUAUACUCCAGGAAACUCCUUGUACAUCAGCCAAAACGCCACACCAUAUUCACUGUCGGCCAAUCCCACUGCGUCCUACCAAUCCAGCUUUUAUCCGGUUCCACAAACUCCGAUUUUCAUUGGAUAUAAAAGAUCAGAAGUUGGACCACAGUCUUACAGUGGGAGCAGUACUGUCGGUGGUGGUGUAUACAUCUGAAGUGGAAUUUUGUGGAUGAUGAAAUUUUGAUAAUGGAUUAGUCAUUUUUUUAGAGCUUCUCUUAAAUUAAUUGUAACAAGUUCUCA